AUGGUUAGCAAGCGGAAGAGAGUCCUCGAGGACUUUGAUCCCAACAAAUCAGACCCCGAAGAUGAAAACUUUGACCCUACGGAAGCUGGACCGCCUCGAAAGACCAACAAGAAGAGCAGUCGUUCCCGAAGUGGAAGACCCGGUCGCCGACGCAAAAAUGGAUACGGCGGUUCGGACAUUGACGACGACGAGGAUGAAGUCUCCGAUAGCAACGAGGAAGACUUCUUCGAAGACGACGAUGAAGAAGAGGACGACGAGGAAGCGACCAUGAACGCAGCUGGUCGUCGUGCCAGAAAAGCUGCCACCCAGCACAACACCUACUACGAAAGCAGUCCAGAAUCAGCUAGCGGCGAGGAUUCUGACAAUGCUGCCAACGACGAUAUCAAGCCUGAAGAAGAUCAGGACGUCAAGGAGGAUGAUGCUGAGGGAGAGCCUGUCGAGGAGCCUGUCAGGUCAACCAGAUCUCGAGUUGUUAAGCUGAAACUCAGCAACAACAAGUUGCCCGCGCCUCGUAGGACGACCCGGGCUCACACAGAAGAAGCCGAUGAAUUCCUGGAACUUUCUAACUCUGGGAAACACGCUGUCCCGUCACGAGACUCACGGAGUAGAAGUCCUGAGACAUUUGCACGGAGCACAAGAGCCACGCGAGGUUUCAAGGGCCUAAACAAGGCUCCCGAAACUAUUCAAGAGGCUACCCAGGAGAGCAGCUUCAAAGAAGUUCGAGAAGCUGACGAGCCAGAUGAACUGGCUAAUGACCCUACAGAGGUUCCAAAGGAGGAGGUCGUUGAUCAAGAGAUGCAAGACGCUGCCGAUCAAGAUGCACCCGGUGAAGACGCUCCUGUGCAGACGGUAGAAGAGGAUGACGACGAGGACGAUGUGCCUAUUACGCGUAGGACUCGUGGGUCCCGCGCCAAUGCCUCCGCCCAACCAGAAGAAGCCGACUCCGAUGCUGCUCCCAGGAAAUCCCGUCGCUUGACCCGCAAGUCUAGCAAGAAGUCUCAAGAGGUUAGCAGCGACUUCGAGCCUGGCGACGAAUCCGACGAUGCAGAGGCUUCUGGUGCAGAGAAAUCCCGCCCACAAGAUGUCGAUGACGUCGAUAGCCCUGUUCCUCGCGGGCGACGCUCUCGACCUGCCAGAUCACGCCGCGGUGGAGAUUCUGGAGACGAAGAACCUGACUUUGACUUGGAUGAAUUGAAUGAAGAGGCUCGAGAACUUAGGCAGGACUCGCGUUCUCGUCGUCGCCGUCCAAGGAAGGAGUCACCUAUCGUUUACCAAGAAAACACUCGACGAGCAAGAACACGCGUCAACUAUUAUAUGCCGCCUCUCACCUCAGCUAACAUUGAGGAAGAAGAAGCGGAGGCGCCCACAGCGCAACCGCGGGCGCGAAGGGGACGAGGAGGUGCCACCCAAGGUUGGGAGCGCAGCCUCAACACCACAUUUGGACCCUUCGGAGGAGGCGGCGGUGGUGGUGCCCUUCUGACCGGGCCUUGGGGCACUGGCGCAGCUGGCGGAGUUGAUUCAGACAGCAGUGACGACGAGAUGGUCCAUCGCUCUAGUGUAGCCGGUAAUAUUGGCAUGACCCCGACGUCUGCAGCUGCUCCUGGUGGUUUGCUUCCUGGUGCACCUGGUAUGAAUUUGGAGGGCGCUGGUGCAGCACCCAACGUCGGCAAGAUCAAAGAUCGCAAGGCUCUUGCAGAUGCUGAUCCUUUGGGUGUUGACUUGAAUGUCGACUUCAGCAAGGUUGGUGGUCUUCAAGGACAUAUCGAUCAGCUGAAGGAAAUGGUGCAGCUGCCCUUGCUGUACCCCGAGCUCUUCACCCGAUUCCACGUCACUCCUCCACGCGGUGUCCUGUUCCAUGGUCCUCCCGGAACAGGUAAAACAUUGCUUGCUCGAGCUUUAGCCAAUUCAGUUGGGUCUGGCGGCCGAAAGAUUUCGUUCUACAUGCGAAAGGGUGCCGAUGCCCUGAGUAAGUGGGUAGGUGAAGCCGAGAAGCAGCUUCGUUUGCUGUUCGAAGAGGCGCGGAGAACUCAGCCAAGUAUUAUCUUCUUUGAUGAGAUCGAUGGUCUCGCCCCCGUUCGAUCCAGCAAGCAGGAACAGAUUCACGCCUCCAUUGUCUCGACACUCUUGGCUUUGAUGGAUGGUAUGGAUGGUCGUGGCCAGGUAAUUGUUAUUGGUGCCACCAAUCGCCCGGACAAUAUUGACCCUGCGCUUCGCCGACCUGGUCGAUUUGACCGCGAGUUUUACUUCCCUCUGCCUGAUAUCGAGGGACGAAAGUCAAUCCUCAACAUUCACACUACGGAUUGGGGACUUUCAGAUCAAUUCAAGGACUCCUUGGCCGAGAACACAAAGGGCUACGGUGGUGCUGAUCUGCGAGCUCUUUGCACAGAAGCUGCUCUCAACGCCAUUCAACGAACGUAUCCCCAGAUCUACGCUUCCAAGGAGAAGCUGGUCGUUGAUCCCUCAAAAAUUGCUGUCCAUGCAACCGACUUCAUGUUGUCUAUCAAGAAGCUCAUUCCUUCGUCUGAGCGAUCAGCAACAUCGGGUGCCAAGCCUCUCCCCAAGUCGAUAGAACCUCUACUCCGGGAUCAACUGACAAUUGCCAAGUCGGCUCUCGAUGGCCUCCUGCCCCGCAAGAAGAAGCUGACAGCGCUUCAAGAAGCUAUGUAUGAGCAGUUUGAUGACGAUGAUCAUGGUUUUGGUAGAGAAGCUAUGCACCAAGAAUUUGAGCGAUCCAGAGUGUUCCGCCCUAGAUUCCUCAUCUAUGGCCAGAGUGGCAUGGGACAUAAUUAUCUCUCGUCUGCUAUUCUUCACUAUUUUGAAGGGGUUCAUGUCCAGAACUUUGAUCUGCCCAGCAUCUUGACCGACGGAAGGGCUAUGGAACAGGUUAUUGUUGGUCUUUUUACAGAAGUCAGAAGGCACAAGCCUAGUGUUAUCUACAUUCCCAACAUUGAAGCCUGGUAUGCAGCGCUGCACAACACCCUUGCUCUCACUACUUUCAAGACCAUGCUACGAUCCAUUGCACCUACAGACCCAGUCCUUGUUCUGGCCACUGCAGAGGGUGAAAAGGAUGAUCUUCCUGGCGAGCUUCUUCGCGACUUGUUUGGAUUCUCGGCCAAAAACCAAAUGAGGAUCAACAGCCCCAGCAAGGAAUGCCGCAUGGAAUAUUUCAGCACCACGCUGCAGUAUGCUAAGAAGAAGCCGCGCGAGUUCCCUGACCCUGAGAACCGCAAAAAGAGAGUUCUUGAAGAGCUUCCUGUUGCCCCUCCCAUCGAGCCCCCUCCUCCCACCAAGGCGGAUAUGAAAGCGGCGCAGAAGAGGGACCACCAGCUGCUCAACGCCCUCAAGAUCCAGCUUCAACCAAUCAUGGAUCAGAUCAAUAGAAAGUACAAGAAAUUCAGGCAGCCUGUCAUUCCUCCUGCUCAGAUUGAAUACCUCUUCGCCGAGUCGGAGCCCAACUUUGUACGACCAGAUAUUGAAGCCGGCCAACUCCGACCAUAUGAGAUCGUUAAGGACAAGUACGAUAAUGAUGUUCUUCGAGACACCGCGACUGGCAAGUGUUAUUAUAAUCUCGAGACUACUACUAUCGAGGAGCGCUUGUCGAACGGUUUCUACGCCCGACCCAAAGAUUUCCUUUUCGAUAUUAAGGCUCUUGCAAAGGAUGCGAAAAACAUUGGGGAUAAGGAACGAACUCUCAAGGCCAAUGAACUUCUUAGCAACGUUGAAGUUGAUGUCGCUAGUAUCGAAAACACAACCUCUCAAGUUGACUGGGAAGGACUAUACCGACGUCAAAUCCAACGGGCCAAGGAUGCUACCGAGAAGGAGCGAAAACGAAAAGCCAUGCAAUCACUCGUGGACCGUGUUCAGUCCGAUCUUGGCGGCAACGACAGCGAUUCUCAGGGACCUGUUACACUUGGAGUAGUGGUUCCAGGAUCAAGAACAACUGCAAGGUUCCAAGUUAGAAGCCCGCUCUCGAACGGUCAUGGCACCUCAGGUCAGGAUUCACAGCUUCAUAGCAAUAGAAUCAUCAACACGAUUGGAGAGGACACUCAAAUGAGCGGCCUUGACAAUGACACACAGGCGAUUCCGGAAAUGGGCCCCCCACCGAAAUCUCACGACCAACUCAGUGUAGCCCAGACACAAAUAUCGCAAAAGUCCGUAGUGACGACAUUGCCACCAGGAGUUUCGCCUUCAGCUGUCAUUAACGAGGCAUCCACAACUAAGACAUCGGAUCCUUCGACACAUCGCUCAUCAGACUUUAGUCAGAUGACUAACGGGGCUCAUGCUGAGAACCGAGGCGUUGAGGAUGAUAGCCAGGCCGAUAUUCCUGACACACUGAUUGAAGCUGGGCACAACAUUUCGGAAGACGACUCUUGGUUGCACUCACAGCCGCCAGCCGGAGCUGCAGGUGGCAGUCACAUGCAAGUCUCCAAUAUUUCCGACAGUCCCUCUUCGGCCAGAACAUCAUUAGGUUUCAAGGCUCAGAGCAUAGGUGGCAUGGCGAGCAUAUUGAACGACCACCUUUCCGAUGAGCAAUCUGCACGCCAAUCAGGCUCAUCGACUUCGGCUUCUCAGCCACUGACAAUGGGCGAAGUGGAAGGAAUCUUGAAUAGAGUGACAGAUGCAACUAGUGGUUGCACUAUUGAGCAGCUCGAACAGAUCAACCGUGAUCUUAUGGAUGAGAUUUGGCGCACGAGAAAUGAGUGGAACCGCAGUAACGCCAUAGACCAGGUCAUGGCUGCGUUCAAUAGGUCGAUGGACGAUAUUGAGCUGAUGCAAGGGGUCGCACCGGCUAGCCAGGCCCCCGAUUAUUAG